AUGGGAACAGAUACUAUUUGCUUUGUCGUUGAUCCCGAACAUUACAAAGAUAUUCUCGUUACAAAAGCCAAAUUAUUUAGAAAACAUCCAUUAUUCAAUAAUUUAAAUAUUGAUUAUAGAGUAAAGAAUGUAUUCACUGAUUAUGGAGAUUCAUGGAAAAGAGAAAGGCGAUUGACACAACCAAGUUUCUCAGAUGAGAAUCUUGCGAAAAUAUUGAAAGAACAUGUGCACCGUAUUUCGAAUCGUUUGGUGGAAAAGAUUUGGGAAAGAAGAAAUUUGGAAAAUAAUUGUGUAGUAAUCAAUGAUUGGAUGAGAAGAGUCACUUUAGAUGUAAUUUCUCAAGAUGGAUUUGGAGCUCAGUUUGAUUGCCUGGGAAAUGAAAAAGAUAUUCUCCCUCUCAUUGCUAAAACUAUUGUUCAAGUUUAUUCUGCAGGACUAUUAUUUAACAGAAGAUAUAUUGAGCCGUUUACAAAGAUCUUUUUCCCAUCCAAGUACAAGUUAGUAUUCAAAGAAUGGCCUUCCAUUCUUCGAAACAUGGUUGAGAGCCGAGAAAAAGAGAUUGAACUAGAGCGAGAAAGUGGAGAGGUUUAUAAGAGUAACUUAAUUUCACAAAUGCUGCUUGCCCAAGAGGAGGAGCCAACAGAUGGUGUGAAAAAAGGCUUUACUAAGGAUGAAGUAAUUGCUAACUCUCAUGCAUUUAUGCUUGCAGGAGAUGAAACAAGCCAACAAACAUUGAUAUGGAUGUUCUACUUUGUUUCUAGUCAUGCACAUGUUCAACAAAAACUAAGAGAAGAAGUUAUUCGAGAGGUGCCACUUGAAGGAAUUGACUUUGAUCUCUAUCAAAACAAGGAAAAGCUCAUUUAUGCGAGAAAUGUUCUUAAUGAGACUCUAAGGCUGAAAGGCCCUGUUCAUACAAACACCAGAUACACUUUAAAACCAGUAGAAAUUGCUGGAAAAACCGUACCAAAGGGUGUGACAGUAGAAAUGAAGUUUUGCGUAUCACAAAUGGACAAAGAAAUUUGGGGUGAAGAUACUCUGCAAUUCUGUCCAGAAAGAUUUGAACGACCAGAAAUCAAAGAUCUGCUGAAGCAGAAUAGAUAUGUUUUCAUUCCAUUCAGUAUAGGCUCAAGAACAUGUAUUGGAAUGAAGUUUGCAGAAAUGGAAAUUUUGGAUGUGAUUUGUAGAAUGGUUAGGAAUUUUCGUUUCCAAUGCCAAAAUCAAAGGGAUGUUAGAGAGGUUGCAGGAAUUACACUUAAACCAGCAGAUGACAUUGUGAUCAAAUUAGAGAGGAUCGAGUUAUAA